AUGGCUGAUUCAGAUGAAAAUCCUUUCGGCGAUCCCACCCCAUCCGUGGGUCAUCCUUUUCAGGAUCCUUCAGUCAAAGAACUAACAAAUAAUAAAGUACAGUCUUUAAUUGAAGACUUCAAUCCAUUCGGAAAGGAUCAAAAUGUUGUUAACAAUGCGAAACCUCCUGUAAGGGGGGCAGCCAAUCCACCACUUAAUUCUAUGCCAGCUGUUAUGUCACCUACGCAAGAAUAUCCAGUUACUCCACAAGUUGCUCCUACUUAUGGAAGAAAUCCAGGCGAUGUCUCAGCUGAUUUAUUGGCAAGAAAAGCUGAACUUGAUCGAAGACAAGCUGAAUUAGAUAAAAGAGAAGAGGAACUGCGCACGGCUUCAAUAAAUGUUCGCCAAAACAAUUGGCCGCCAUUACCUAAAGGGUUUUGCUAUCAACCGUGUUUUUAUUUGGAUAUAAGUGUAGAAAUUCCUCCAGACUUUCAACAUGUUGUCAGGCAACUAUAUUAUUUAUGGUUAUACCAUACUGGUUUGCUCGCAUGCAAUAUAUUGAUUGGUAUCUUAUUACUUUUCUUAACUGGAGCGAUAGCUACAUUUAUUUUUUCAAUUGUGUAUGCCGGAAUUUUAGUACCACUUUCAUUUUUAUUUUGGUUCCGUCCAGGAUAUAAAGCUUUCCGUGAUGACAGUUCUUUCAACUUCAUGCUUUACUUCUUUGUGUUCUGUAUCCAGUUUGUUAUAGCAGUUGUUCAGGCAUUGGGUUCAUAUGAAUCGGGUUAUUGUGGAUUAUUUAUGGCCGUCAGACUUUAUGAGGACUCUCAUCCAUUUUUAGGCACUCUGGUGACAUUAAUGGGAAUUGCUUUUUCUCUUGGUGCAACUAUGGACUUCCUUUUGUUGACCAAAAUCCAUAGAAUUUAUCGAAGCUCUGGUGCCAGUUUUGCUAAAGCACAAGAAGAAUUCCGCUCUGGUGUCAUUUCUAGUGGUGCAGUCUCCAAUGUCAUAGCAUCAAACAUCAGAUUUUAA